AUGGCUAGAACUAAAAGAAGUGAGAACAUGCCUAAGUCUAGGAGAAAUCCUGUAACCCGCUCUGCAAGAGCAGAGCUCCAGUUUCCUGUUAGCCGUGUGGACCGGUUCCUGCGUGAGGAUAACUAUGCCCAGCGACUGAGCUCCUCAACACCUGUAUUCUUGAGUGGCGUCCUCGAGUAUCUGGUGUCCAACAUCCUAGACCUGGCUGGCAACGAGGCCCGCAGAAACGGCAGGACACGCAUCACCCCAGAUCACGUGAAGAUGGUUAUAGAAAACCAGAAGCAAUUCAAUUAUAAUAUCAAAACUCUAGGUGGUGAGAAGACCAAGCCCAAAGACUGA